UGCACAAACGUAAAUGUGUGACGCGACGAGGCGGGUUAUAGACACGAGUCAGUCAAAAUGGCGACAAGUCUGUCGCGAAAUAUUUUCUUUGACAUAAACAAUUAAAAAAUCGCCCAAAAUAUCACUUAUGGAUUCUUAGAUGUGGUCAUAAAUUAUCAACAUGGAUGCAGACGAUAUUCAAGGUCACCAUAUCGACGAAAAUGAAGUCAAUCGACGGACAGAAUUGAUAACGAACGCGGCUGAAAAGUAUUUGAAUGGCGAAGUUACUGAAUCGGACAACGCUACAACAGUCGACACGGUUAUGACGCAGCAACUGCUUACCACCACUCCACUUGAGAUGGGUCUUCAGAUGCACAACAUUAACCCAGGCGUCGCGCAAGACAGGAAGAAGCGAGAUUCUCACAACGAGAUUGAACGCCGACGGAAGUGUAAAAUCAACAUCGGCAUCAUCAAACUAGGGGACAUCAUCCCGAUAUGCCAGACCACCAAAAUGAGCAAGAAUCAAAUCCUGGAGCAGGCGUGCCUGUACAUCGACGAACUCCGGGAAAAGAGCGAGAAACUCCUGUUGGCGAACACUUCAGACCCUGAAGCUGCUGAGGAGAUCAAGAAACUUCGGAAGGAGAAUGAGAAACUGCGCUCAGAGAACAAGCGCUACCAAGAGAUCAUCCAAGACAUGGAAACCCAUCCUAAUGGGGCAGUAGAGCAGCCAAAGUCCCGCUCCAGAUCCCGUAAAUCUGACAGCAGCUCAUCGUCAGCCAGCAGCAAGAUGGCCGCCAUGCAGAGCAAACCUCACCUCACUUACCUACCAGGAGGUCCUAACCAGGUUACGGUAGCCGUGCAGGGAGGCAACCAGAUGCAGAGUCAUGUGGUAGGAGGUGGACCCACGACACUAGUCGGCAACGUCCAAGGAACACAAGGAGGCAUGGCUAUACUUCAACCUAACCCCAACGGGGCUGGUUACAUCUUGGUUCCUGCCGUCAGCAAAUAUCAAAGCACCACAGUCACCAAUCAGUCGUCAGUUGUGGUGACCAUGUCUGGGAACCAGCAAGCCACUCCAUCCGGGAUGGUACUUGCAAACCAACCUCCACAGUCAAUGGCAGGCAGUCAAAUUGCUGUUGAUGCAAGUGCCACAGUAUCUCAGGCGCAGACUACUACAGGGCAGCAGCAGCAAGCAAACAUAUCCAGUACCCAACUCAGCACAAGCAUUUCGGAUACCCCUACAGCUCAGUCCACAGUAGUCACUCAAGCAGUCAAUACUCCCAUCACCACACCAGGAAACCAGAGCACAGUCGUACUACAGGGAGGUAACGUUCAAGCCCCUGGUCAAGUUCAGACUGUCAGGUACAUUGUACCUCUUGUCCCGGGUGCUGGUCAGGCCAGCACCUCCCAAACAGCCAACCAGGCAAUCAUGCUAACCCUUCCUGUGCGACAAGGCCAGAAUCUACCUGUUCGCAUAGCCCCGUCAUCAGCUGCACCUGCCACUCGCUCCUCCCAACCGAUGAUCUUGCCCCAGCCAGCCUCAGGCGGCAGCAGCGUCAAUGCCCAGAUCAUGCAGGGAGUUGAUAGCACCCCAAAAUCCAAGAAGAAAUCCUCAUCAAAGGUGAAGAAUAUUUCUGAGACAGAAACGGAGUCAUCCAGGACUGGCUCGCCAUCUGUUAGCCAAACAGGUGGCCAGCAGGUUAACAUAGCCACUCCACCCCCAGGUGGGGUUACUGUUCGGCUGCCAGUGGCUGGAGGAGGCGCUGACCCAGGGAAUGUUAUUGUAAACCAACAGGGCCAGCAUAUUAUGGUACAGAAGCCAGGCCAAGGGUCUGCUCAGAAUGUCAUCAUGCCCAUGCAGAUCAGCAGACCAGUGAUGACGCAAAACUUGGUCUACAUCCAACAGAACGGCCAACUGAUUCCGGUCAUUCUCCAGCAGCAGAGCAAUCCGGCAGCAGUGCCUUCUGGUGCCCAGACCAUGAUGCAGCCACUGCAGCCACAACAGCAACCUCAAGGAGUCAAUCAGAACUUUGUGACCAUGCCUCUGAGUCAAGGCAACAGAGUAUUGCAGACCAACGCCGGAGGGCAGAUAAUCAUGUCUGGGCCUGGCUUCCAGAACGCCUUGCCAAUCAACGCACAACAGGGAACAGCCAGUAAUCAGUCUGGAGUCAGUUUGACCCAGCAUCAGGCAACUCCAAGCAACCUCCAAGCAGGCCAGGGGGAAGACACAUCUCAACAGGGUGCUGUUCUUGCCAGUCAGGGUCUUCUUGUCCCAAAACAAGAGCCGAUGCCUAUCCAAGAAGGGAAUGGAUUAGGUGAAGAUUCCAGCAUGCUUGCACCUCUCAAUAUCCUCACCUCAGGCCAGGAGUCUUCAGACCGCGGCCAAGAGGACAUGGGAGACUACAGCAAUGACCGAGACAACGACAUCCUGGCCAAAGCUGCUGAGUCCAUCUUCUCUCCAAAUUCCUUGAGCGAGAACUCACCUAUGAUGAAUUUUGGCGACAUGCCCGGACAGGGGCCUGACAUCAAACCAAACAUUGCUCCCCAACAAACCAUCAGUGCUGGGGGCAUUGUGACCCUGCAGUCCGGCAUUCAGCUGGGUCGAGAUUUACCUAACACCUUUGCUACACCACUUCAAGAGGUAGCCCCUCCAACCGAAGAAGCCAUGGAGACAUCCCAUCGACAUGAGAAACACAAAUCCAAGAAGAAAAAGAAAAAGAAAAACAAGGAGAAGGACAAAGAUAAAGACAAAGAGAAGAAGAAACACCACCAUCAUCAUCACAGCCACUCCAAAACUACCAUCUCUACAGAUGAUGCCACACCAGCCAAAUCAGAUGUCUCCAUGGAAGGGUCUCCUAUCGAAAGAGCUAAUAUGAUUGCAGAGUCAUUGCUGCAGAGUUGGAUGGAGAAAACAGAUGGCACUGAUGAAAAGGAAACUGAAGCCCAAGCCUCAGCAGCUCUCUCCUCGAACUUCUCAACCGAGGCUCUCAUUGCUGGUAGCACAAGCAACCUCCCGACUGUGUCGAAUGCCAGCAGCGUCGCUGUCUGCGGCUCCUCAGAAUCCACCCCAACAAAUUCGAACAAUGCCUUCACAUCCUUUCCAUCCUUUAGUUUUGGCAGCGACAUAUUGAGCAGCUCAAUGAGCGUGAGUGGGCUCCCAACCUACAUUGAGGAGGAGGAGGCUGACUACUCAAAGAAUGACAAUGAGGUGAACUCUCUUAAGGCGCUGACUAGUCUCCGGGAUUCCCUCAGCACAGGACAACCAGUUGCAACUUCUCAGGAAGGGGUAGACUCUGUCUCAAGUCUAGUUCCUGAGCAGACAAUGGCAACCUCUACCAGCAACCAGCCAGGUAUUGUCAGCGAUGUCCCUGUUGCAUCAUCAGCGUCAGGUUUCAUGCUAGAUUCACCAACAGUCAGCCAGGCAUCUGUCACAACAUCAGAUGGCAGCGGUCCAGGUUUCAUAUCUCCUAUCCCAAGUAUAUUCUCCCUCAACUCGUCCAUCCCAGAGAGUGGCAUCCAAAAGCCAGAAUCGGGCACAUCAACUCCCGUCAUUAACGAGAAUGAACAGGAUCCCAUAUCAACUCAGGUAGCACACCAAUCAGGAUGGAUAUCCCAUCAUUCAAAGGCUUCAGAGCUUGCCAGAGGUUUGCAGCCAGCCAGGUCUCAGAAUCAACCUCCCUCCACCUCUGGCACUGGGGCAAUUCAACUACCUGUCACAUCCCAGACUUCAGAUACUUCAAUCAACCAACCCGGAAGUUCGGGAUUAUUUUCACCAAUGUGGCUGAGCCCCUCAUCUAAUAUGGGCAGCAAAACUACCUCCACACCUCAAACACCAAGCCAGGAAUCCCCACCUCUUCACUUCGGUCGAGAUAUGUCGGACGUUGCUUCUUUUCCAACCAAUGAAGCAAUGCAGAAUAUCACAGAAGCCACCUCCAACUUGCCACACGAUCAACCUCCGCUAAUGGAUUUGAACAAAACCGUUUUGCCAAGACAUGAUGGCCUGCGUGGCCUGCAAGCUUCAUCCACCAGCGAGAGCCAGAGUCCUCAGCGUCCAUCCAUAUUGGAUGUAACACCUGCAACAAGUGGAUUAGGUAAUUUGGAGUCGCCACAUUCUUCUGGAACUAUAGCCUGGCAUCAUACAAGCAUUGACAGGCGACACAAGGUAGAUAGUCCAGUAGGAAUCUGUACCAGGACUCCUGAGUUCCAAAACCCCUUGCAGAUUGAGAGCCGAAUGACGCCUGAGCAGAAUCUUCUCCAAGACACUCUAGACCAGGGCAAUAUUAGGCAUGGGUCUAACAUGAGAUCUGAAAUAAGCAGCAGUCAGAGCAGAGAAGGCUCUAUAGAGAAUAUUGGACUCCAAAAUCUCAUGUCACUGGCGGAAAGCACCGCCAGAACCUCUGUUGAGUCCUCAAAUCUAAUGUCAACACCUGUAACCUCAUCUUCUGGAAGACCUAUUGAUAACUCAGCGGGGAAAAAGAACCAAACUGGAAAGACUUUUUCCAUUAAGACUUUGCAUCGCACACUUACCUCUGAGAUCACUGAGUCGCCCAAGAAACCUUCAAGUCCCACUCCUGCUGUUGAACCACCAUCAAAAGUCAAGACAGCAGAGAAAACGAUCCCACCUCUGAAGAUAAAAAUCCCCAAGGGCAAGCGACGGUCCAGUUGCCAGAAGGAGCAGUCUGAACAACAGCCAGACAAAAGUGAAACUGGCAAAGUGGCUAAAGUGCCAAGCACCUCAGACAUGGAUCAAAUAGGCAAAAGGGAACUAAACCCCAAUUUGAUUGAUAAGUAUCCCUGGUUAGCAGAGGGGGAGGAAGAUGACAGCAACCAAGCCUCAGCAGGGGACUUCAAUCAGUCAAGGGAGAAGCAUUCCUUUAGCGUCCAGAACAUCUCUCAGAGCUCCCAGCGCAGUGGUCGUAAGGACUCUGGUCUUGUGAUGACAUUCCAACGGAAAGACAACAAGCAAAGUGCAAAAGAAAAGCCAAAGACGAAUGUUGACAGUGCGCCUUCUACCACUGUCGCGUCUUCACCAUCUAUUGCACAGGUACACUCCUUAUGGAAUCCCUCAAACAAUGAUGGUUACAAUCGCCCAAGUAUCUCGAAGCCUGAGAGCUGUAACAUGCCCUCUGUGUAUUCUUCACGCCACAGUGACACCAUAGCUUCAAACCGGUCAACAGCUAACUUGAGUUCCUCGCUGCCGGUCCAGCACAGCCCCCAGGUGGACAGUCAGUCCACAGACAUGUCUCCCUUCUCUGUGCCUAUCAACAGGGAUCCCAACCCAGCUGUUGUUGAAAAAUCCAAGGCUAAGAAGCCCAGUCGUCGGGGGUCCAACAGCUCCAGCCACUCAAUACGCAGUAGUUCAGAGCCUGACUGCUCACCAAUGCAAUCUUGUAUCAGUGAACACUCGUCACCCUCUGGAUUUCAUGACCUUCAAAGUCACAAUAUGCCAUCAGAUCCGCAACAGACACAGACAUUACAGACCAGCAACCUGAGAAACCCUUCACAGUCACCUGUCAUGAACCUUGCCCAUCAGCAGCAGCAACAGCAGCAGCAGGGCAGCAACAUGCAUGAUGCUAAGCGCUAUGCCUUCCAGCAAAAUCAAGGCCAGAUGUUCCUCCACAAUGAGGAGUCUCGCUCGACAUCCGGCCAGCCAUCUAACUCCUUCCAGAAUUUCCUACAACCUGCCCGAGGGUCAGACUUUCUGGGCCAGGCCACGGAUCCGCCCGACCCCAUGGACUUCAACUUGAACAUGUUUGACAAUCAGAAGUCAGGGUCAUCGGAUCCCACUGUGAUGAACAGCUCCAGUGAAUCCCGGCCAGACAGCAGAAUUUUACCUGGUAGACAGGUGCAUUCACAACCUGUCUAUAUCAGUCAGAGUGAAAUGGCUCAGGUGUCUGAUCCGUCCCAUGAUAUACACAACAAAAGUGCAGUCUACACCCAAUCAAAUAUGGACCAUUCCGCACGUUUUGGUGUAUCUCAAUCCCAGACCAUGCAUGUCCAACAGCAUGGACAGGCAUUGAAGAGAAUGUCCAAUACACCAACUCAGCCAAGCAAUCCAGCCAAGCGUGCCAACAUUCAUCACAAUCACCACGGACUAUCGCACAUGCAGGGCCAAGACCAACGCCAACCUAACGUGUCGUUGGAUCCACAUCAUGUGGUCAGUGCCGCAGACACCCGAACCUCGGCCCAUCAGAUGCAUCAACCAAUGGUUUCCUCGCAUGCCAACACAAUGCGGAGGACUUCGCAGAAUGAAAGAACGUUAACCAGUGCUGUCCAGUCACAGCGCCAAACGUACGAGACCUCACAAAGCACCUCCCGGUUCCCUGAAGUGUCUAAGGGAAGGAAACGUGCUCAAAACUCAGAACAGUUCUUCCACGGGCUAGGCCAGGGGCAGGGUAUAGACAAUUCGUUAAGACAUAGAGACAGCAGUAGUCAGGAUCAGAACUGGCCUGGGUUUUCCACGCAGCGCUCCAGUGAUUCCUCUGAACCAUUCCUGCCAUUAUUCUCCUCGAGCAGCAUGACGCAGAGCCAGAACACCCCUGCAUCGACCACCACCAGCUCCUCCAUCGUGGCCAGUUUAUCGCCCUCACGUCGGUUACGCGGGAAUGAGCUACCAACCUACCUUCCUCACUUACCAGGGCCAAUCCUGCCCAGCCCGUCCCAGUCCAACAAACCACAUCAAAACCGCAAUGACUCUGAUAUCAGUGCUCCAUAUAAUGCAAUGUUUGGGCCUGGUAGGCCGGGAAGCAUACCCAUGAACGUUGGACCGAAUUUUCCAGUUUUCACAGAGCACCAGGCUCCCCACAGCUUCAAUGUCAGCAAGACAGCUCAAAUCAGCGGGGGAGUAAGUGUCCCUCCUCCACCCUUCAACUUCAAUCUCUUCAAUGACCAGCACUCGCAGCCGAGCCACGUAAACGAUCCACCUCUUGGCCUUCCCACGAUGCAUCUCCACAGCAACCCGGCCCUCCCGAUGGAUGAUGGGAUGGCAUCGUUACGAGGUAAUGUGGGAUCCAGGCAUCCACAAUCAUUUGGUAAUAACAUGGGUCUGUUGUCACAGGGUGCUACUCCUGACGGUCGGCCGUUUAAGGUUGGUAUGCCCAUGGGUCCCCACUUUCACUCAACGUUUGGCCCCUUUUAGUAAACACCCUGAACGGCAAAAGAACAACCUCUAAUCCCAUCUUGCUCCUCUCAAAAGCUUCCAACAAUUUUUUGUACAGCUAACAAUAAGGGAUAUUGCUUUUCCAUCCAUUAAAGCAUUUUUCAAGUUCCAAGACCUUAGUAAGAAUGAAUGUCAUAUGAAACACUUGCUCAAGAAAAACAAAAAUGUGAAUUGAAGUAACAGUGAAGACUGACUGAAACAGACAAUCGGUGCCUCCUCCAAAAAGUUAGUCACAACUGUCCAACAAAAUCAUGUGCUCCGAGUAACAACAUCUAUCUGUUGUUGUUAAUACUCUUGGUAUUUUACUUUCAGAUAUUUUUUUGAAACCAAUAUUCGAAAUUUUAUCAUCUGUCAAUUUUCAGCCCCUUCUUUUCAUACUUUCCUUGCGUUUGAUUACUUCCCUGUGUGCUUACUCAUGCGAGACAUCUCACAAUUACUGGAGCCUGGCCCAAGUAACUGACCCACUGAGCCGGUUACUAAUGUAAGUAUCCCACAAUACAGUGCAAAAACAUGGCGGCUAAAGUCCCAUGCUGCGGCAGCAGGGGACUCAAAAGUGUUUCAGCUUCACUUCACUAGACGACUGGAGGAAAGUUAAUUUAACUUUAAACAUAUCAAGGAUUUCUGGUUCGCGUUGGAAGAGCUCAUAGAGUAGCCAACAUAGCUAGCUUUUGACAGCUCAAAUCCAUUUGCAAUGGGAAUUUAAUCACCACAUGACCUCUUGACCUGGUCCAGUUGCUAUGGCUUGGCCUCUAGUAUCCCAAGAUGGUUUGUUUAUUGCCACAGAUUGCACAUAUGCAUCUAUGCCCAAGACGAAAGUACGGGUAAGCACGAGGGAAGUAAUCGAACACGCUCAAUGUUUCUCACUAAUGAGUUUUGCUUCUUUUGCCGUUCAGUUCAAUCGGAGUUGUAAUCAAGUCAAUCGCGAGUCAAUCGCAACUCGGAUUAGAAGUGACAAUAUAUGAACAAUGACAGAGGAAUGCCUUUGUUGCAAUUCAGUCAAACAGCUUGUGCAUUGACUAGGGAAUGGAUGACUUGUAAUUAACGUUUGAUGACUUUUGGUGACUUGUGACUGACUUAUUACAACUCUGGUUCAAAUUCAUUGUACUUUGUAAAAGAACCUGUAGGUGUAGCAUCUAGUUUGUAAACUUCAGCCUUGAGAACACCGCCCAAAUUAUAACUACUGAAAUUGUGCUUUGGCCAAAAUAUCAUUUUAGAAACGAGCCCAAAGUUUUAAUUAAAAUCCGAUCAAUCAAGAAUAUCAAAGCCGUUAAAUUUUUUAUCGGACGAAUCAAAAACGAUUUUUGUAAAUCAUAUUUUGUGAAUCGUGUAAUUAAUGAUAAUUGCGAAUUGAAAGAAAAUUAAUGUGAAUUUUAUUUUUUAAACAACGUGUGCUUUUCUGUAAUCUCAUAUCAUUGUAUUUUGAACGUCUUCUUAAAGUUGAAUUUUUGUUUUUUAAUAAUGUGAUUAUCAGUAUACUUUGUCACCAAAAACUGCCCUGCUUUUUAAAUUAUUUUUAAAACUAUCUGUUAGUAGGCUAGUAAGCUGCCUAACAGAGGUUACAGUAAGUUGAAGGACUUAUUUUCAGUAUUUUCACUUUUCAAGUGUACAGCGAGCUAACCAUAUUCUAAGACAAUCGUUUGUCUCUCGUGUUUUUGUUCUACGUUGAUUCUUUAGGGGUUUUUUUAUGAAGCAGUAUUGUUAAAUAUUGAAUAUGCGACAAAGGGAAUGUCUUAAAUUUAUCCGCAAGAAAAUUGUAAAUAUUUGGACAUAAUUUAUACAUGUAGGAAUUGAAUGAAUGAACGAAUGAAUGAACGAAA